AUGUUUACUCAGGAUCUUCCUCGUGUUCGAAACUGGAUUAAUGGCCAGUUCGUCGAACUCGCUGUUUCUUCUCCGUCCUCAGGAACUACACAAUAUCUCCCUGUGACCAGCCCUUAUGAUGCCAAAAUCAUUGGUCAUGUCCCAUUAUCAUCUGCUGCUGAUGUCGCUGAAGCAAUCGCCGCUGCCAGGAAGGCAUUCCCUGCAUGGUCUGGUUGUACAAUCAAAGACCGUGCCGGGAUCUUGAUUCGCUUCCACGCCUUGAUGACAAAGCAUGCCGACCUACUGUCUGAUAUGGUGGUGUUGGAACAUGGCAAAACUAAGUCAGAGGCAUUGGUGAGUGUGUCGAGAGGCCAGGAUUUAGUCGAGUAUGCAAUGUCGUUGCCUCACGUUUCUCAAACGAAGAUACUGGAAGUCUCCAGAGGCAUUACAUGUUAUGACUCUCGCGUUCGCAACACCAUGGUUCUUAAGCCAAGCGAGAAGGUUCCUUACACUAUGACUAAAGUCGUCGAGCUGCUCAAGGAGGCUGGUUUACCCGACGGUGUAGUUAAUCUUGUUAACGGAACUGCUGAAGAUCAUCCAGAUAACCACACCGUCUCAGCGCCGGAUUGUGAUAUUGAGAUGACUUCAACCGACGUCGUCGAAUCAUUCAGUGGCUGCAGUGGCGAAAGUUGUAUGGCUCCUUCUGUACUUCUCACUAUUGGACGCCAACAGGAUCUCAUUGACAAGAUUGUGUCCAAGGCAGAAGCAAUUCGCCCUGGACGUCUUGAUGGUCAAAUGGGCCCAGUGAUUGAUCAAGUAGCCUUAGACAACAUUACACGAUACAUCAAUGGGGCCGAAGUCUCUGGGGCAAGGAUUCUUGUUGAUGGACGUCGUUGGACCAAGGAGCGUCAGGAAGGAUACUGGGUUGGACCUACGGUGAUUCUGCACACUAAUAAGCAGGAUGCACUACUACAUGAGGAGCUCUUUGGGCCAGUAUUGUCAAUCUUGGAAGUAGCGACUGCCGAGGAGGCAAUUGCAUUUGAAAAUGCCAACCCAUACGGAAAUGGUGCUUGUAUCUAUACUAGCUCAGGAGCAACAGCUGAUUUCUUUAUCAAGCGCUUCAACGCAGGAAUGUGUGGCAUCAAGUAG